CAAUUACUGAGCCAAAAUGACACCAGUAGACGUGGAGGAAGUGUUCAUAGACCAGAAGGUGAACGCCAAGGACGCAGGCGUCAAAGAAAUCACACUGUUAGCGAGGAAAAUUCGCCAUCAACACAAACUGCCACCCAGCAUCACUAUGGGAAUUAUACCCUAUGAUGCCAUUUAUGCCACUGACGAUGACCAUGCCUCAGUGGCCAAUGGUGGUUCACAGCCGCAAAAUCUGCCAAAUGCUGUUCAACCACAUGCCAAUGCAGUGGAAACUCCUGUUGAAGUUCCCGUACAAACCUCAGUUGAAACUGUAACUGAAGUAGAAUAA